AGCCGAACGGCCAUUGUUGUGUGGCGAAGAAGAAGAAGAAGCUGGUGCGGGCGGCCUGAAGAAUUUACUGGAGGACAUCAAAGCACUGCAGCUUUUUGGAAACCUUAAUGUUGAAGGACCUUGGAUAACAACUUUCGAGCACACGCGCAAAAAAAAAAGGAAAUUGAACAGUACCCCAAAAAAAUUUCCGUCAAAGAAAAGAGCCGCUAAGGUUGGGAUCUAGCCGAGUAGCGCCAUGUCUCACAGAAGAAGCCGCAGUGGAUCGCCGUCUGGCCCUGUUCGCUCAUGCACCAACAGCCAAAAUCCCCGCGAUAUGGAGAGGAGGAUUUUUGUGGGGAAUUUGCCGACGUCACUGAUGGACAGGAAGGACAUGGAGGAUCUGUUCAGUCCCUACGGGAAGAUUCAUGCCUUGUCCAUGUUCCAAGGGUACGGAUUUGUGCAGUUUGAACGUGUUGAGGAUGCAGAGGCUGCAAAGGCGGGACAAAAUGGUCGCCCUUAUAAAGGUUAUAAAAUAGCUAUAAAUAUGGCAGCGGAGCGACAACGACAGAAUAAAGCUCAAUCCCGGCCGAGCCCUCCAAGAAGGGAUCCGUAUGGAGGUUAUGGAGAAGGCAGGGAGCCCCGUCCUCGCUCUCGCUCGCCUAUGCACGGGCGCGACUCUCGUGCACAUAGGGGUAGCCGAGAGCACUCGCGAGAGCCUGGCCGUGAGCCUCGGCACACUCACCCUCGUGACCAUCACGAACCGCGAGACCCCAACUAUGACCGCUACCGCACAUCCGAGGGCAGGGAAAAGGAUCUCAGAGGUGAACCUCGAGGUGAACCUCGCGGAGACCCCACAUUCAGAGAGGAGGGCUAUGAUCGAUAUUACCGUGGUGGCGCAGAUGAGCACCACCGCAAGAAGGAGGACCCGUACAGGGAUCCAUGGAAUGGCCGGCGAGAACCUGAAGGUAAAGAUGACCGCGUGCGGGUAGAGGAGAGGCGACGUAACGAGCUCUACCGCCAAUACUACGAGGAGGUCCAGAGACAGUAUGACAGGGAGCGUCCAGUUGACUGCUCAGUCAUUGUCGUCAACAAGGCACAAAAUAGGGAGUAUGCGGAGACGGUGGGGCGGAAGGUGCGUGACCUGGGUAUGGUGGUGGACCUCAUCUUCCUCAACACGGAGGUGUCCCUGACCCAGGCGCUGGAGGACGUGGGCCGGGCGCGCACCCCUUUCGCCAUAAUCAUCACUCAGCAGCACCAGGUGCACCGCUCCUGCACAGUCAACAUCCUCUUCGGCACACCCCAAGAACAUCGCAACAUGCCCAUGGAGGACGCCAUGGUCCUGGUGGGCCACAACUAUGACUCCUUCAAGGUGGAACAUCGCGAGAAGGAGCGUGAGGAGAUCGCUCAGAAGGCUGCCAAGAUGGCUGAUGACGUGCUGAUGAGGGAGCAUGAGAGGGAGGGUCACCCAGUCACCCUGCUUCCUGCCAUCACUCUGCUGUCUGAGGGCAGGUUCUUGACUCCAGAGGAGCUGGACAGUCUUAUAGAGUAUUUGAGGGUCAAGAGGGAACGCAUCGUAAGAGCCGACCCACUUGCGGCAGCACAUCCUCCUGCGACGGCUGCCACCCACGAGCCUCCUCUCCAGGCCCAGACGAUGCCCUCUGCAGCCCAUUCCAGUCACGGCGCUCAUCCUGCCCACGCACCACCCCCCCACAGUGCUCACUCGACCCACAUGAGCAUGCCGCCGGCCCCCAACGCCACCACCAACAACCAGCAGGAGCUGCAGGCUAAGAUCCUUAGCCUGUUCAACAGCGGUGCCGGGGCAUCGGCCUCCGCGGCCAUCCCUGCCAUGGCCCCCCAGUCCUACGGCUCCACCAUGGGCAGCCAGUCCACAGGCCUCCCCAUGUCCUCAGCCUCUCCUGUCCCUAAAAUGGCCCCCACACCUUCCCAAGUUCCCAACAUGAUGGGUGCCCGGCCCCCCAUGCGCCCGGGCCCAGUGCCCCCCGGCGCCCACCUAGGCUAUGGGUCGCCCACAGGCCGCAUGGCUGCCCCUCAGGGGGGGCAGAGACCCCCUGUCUCAGGGGGAGCAGGCAUCAACUUCGACAACCCCAGCGUCCAGAAGGCCCUGGACACGCUCAUUCAAAGCGGACCCUCUCUCAAGCACCUGGUAAAUGCUGGGAAUUCUGCAUCCCCCAGACCAAGCCAUGGCAUGGGCCAGGGCAUGGGCCAAGGCAUGGGUCAGCCUCCGCCCAUGGCAAUGUACCCUCGCCAUUACUGAUGAUUCCCCUCAUAAUGUGACCACACACCCCCGAGUCUGCAAAGCAGCUUUUGUUAAAUUAAUAAUUUACCACAGUUGAAAUGUGUAGAUGUAGACUGAUAUUUUCUGUUUCUUUUUUUUUUGCAUUUGUAAAUGCUUUUAGAGGACCUUUUUUACCCUAGGUAUUGUAAUGACAGACCUCGGUUAUUUGUUAAGACUAUUUGAAAGUCCAACAUUUUCGGUUGUAACCAGUCUCUCCAUUUUCUGGUUAGUGUGUGAAUUGUUGUAAAAAGUUAAUUGCAUGUCCGAAGAUAUUCAGGAUUGUGCUGAAACUUGUUGUUCUCGGCUCAACCACAAUGUUUGAUGGCUAGAUCUGGUGUCGGUGUGGGCCAGUUCUACACAGCAAAACUUUUAUACAACUUCCUGUGUGAUUGUACUAGCAGUGCUCCUGAAAUAAACAAUUUUUGAAUGUGA